AUUACUUUGUUCCAAUCUAGACAUUGGAUGAGACAGCAGCAACGUUGAAAAAAGCAAUCUCUGAAAAGAAUAUUGCUCAAGCAACAACACAGGAGUUAACAGACACGCUUCAUGAUACUGCUGAACUACUUAGUAAGACCUCACAGGUUCUUUCCCAUACUGCCAGAUCUACAAUAGAGCAGCUUGGUGCUCCCAUAUCCAUGGCAAAAAUUGUGAAAACUGUCCCUGAGCUUCAAAUUAGGAAAGGAAAGGAUAGGAAUGAUGGAGAGGGAAUUUCCAGAGCACAGGGUCCAGAACGAUUAGAUACCAUCACUUCUCAGUCAGAAGUUGACCCUUCAGAUACAGAAAUAGAUUUCCAACCGUCAAACCAGAACCUUGAGAGAGUGAAAGAUCAACAAUCCUUUUCACCAUUUUCUCCACUGGAUCCUAGGUUUCUUACAGGAUCUCCAGAUACUAGACCCAGCUCAGCAGGAAGUGAAGUAUCUUUUAAAACUCCGUUUGGAAAGACUGCAACCUCUGGUCCAGUGAGGGAUAUUUAUGCGCAGAUUAAACCAAACCAAACAAGCAGAAAAAGGGAAGAGAGUCAAAGUCCAGAUAGAAGUUCUAGACCAGAGGCAAGAGGUCGUCAUGACCACAUCAACUUCUCCCAACCUCUAGUUAGGACUCAAAGUGCUGUUCCUAUCCAUAGGAACCUUAGGGCCGAGUCCAUUGAACCAAAGAAGGAGCCUAGAGUGCGUAGUGCAAGUGUUACACCUGGUCAAACCUCCUUGAUUAAACCAUCCUCAGUAGUUGGAGGAAGUACGUCUUCUUUAAGAGGGUCUACCUAUAGACUGCUUGGAGGGCGUUUAGUGGAAGGAUUUCAAAGCAGAUAUUCCUCUGAUGAAGCUGGGAUAUCUGGUUCAAGAGCUCCACCUAGUUUUACCAUUCUAAAGGAACCAUCACACAUUGUAACUAAGGAUGGAAGACGACAAACAAUGGCUGAGUAUGAGAAGCAACUAAUCCAAGAUUAUAAAAGAAGAAGUCAGCAAAAUUUGACCCUGUAAUGUUAACGCAAUUUAUUCAAAAUACAAUUGACGAUAUUAAAAUGUUGUUUAAGCGCAAGAUUAAAAUAUAUCAUUUAAAGAAG